UCUAGUAGCUGCUUCCGAUCUCCGGUUAAAAUAUCGCACAUCAACACGCGCCAUGUACCCACACUCUAACCAUACAUUCUCACGCGCCGCCAAAUCCAUCGAUCAUUUGCCGUCGCCAGCCGCAGCCACCACGCCACCACUACCCCAUCCUUCAGUUACGUCAAUGCAUUCCAUCUCCACUUCCCAGCAACACCUCAUCCCGGACCAGUUCGCCGUCACUGAUUUCGACUCGCUGCUCAGCUCGGAGAUGAGCCUCAACAAUAAUAGUUGCAGCAGCGGUUGUAGCAGCUACGGCUCGCCAAGUUCGCUGCCCACCUAUAGAACUCAGCGGCCGAGCUGGAUGCAGAGGAGCGAGAGCAGCCACUCGCUCCAUAAGAAUGAAUAUCGCAACCCUGUUUCUACUCUGCUUGCCGAGUUUCUCGACUCCGACGACGGUCCGGUUCGCAGAGUCUACAGUACUGGUGAUUUGCAGAAGGUAAACGGAAUGCAACAGAGGAAUCAUGGGGCAGAGAUUGCAUUGUCAAGCGAAAGCAGUAUGAUCAUAGAGGGGAUGAGCAGAGCAUGUCGUUAUAGCCCAGAGGAGAAGAAGGUUAGGAUUGAGAGAUAUAGAAGCAAGCGAAAUCUGAGAAACUUCAACAAGAAAAUCAAGUAUGCAUGCAGGAAAACAUUAGCAGACAGCAGGCCGCGCAUCAGAGGAAGAUUUGCAAGGAACGAAGAAACUGACAAGAGCCCUCCAGUUCAGUGGAGCCAUGAGAAUGGUGUUGGAGCUGACGAAGAAGAUGAGGAAGAGGAUAAUUGGGUUAAUUUAUUUGAUAAUUUAGUUGCUGCAAAUAAUCUUGUUCAAGGGCCUCAAGAUAGUUCUCCAUUUGGUCUCAUGUUUUAGAAUAAAGUAUAGCUAUCAGGUUCAACCGGGAUUGCUUUUGAUCCUCCUUCUAUGUAUUAUGGUGCGAAUUUAGAAAUUAUAGUAACUAUUAGUGAAUAAUGUAAAUAUAUAUAUAGUGAUUGGGAUGUGACCAUGUGCUCCUACUGGACUCUAAUCUAGCUAGGGUCAAGUUUUUGAGUGCCCUUUUUAACCUUUUUAUAGACUCUGCAUCAGCAGCAAUUAGUGCAUAAUUGUAUAUCAAAACUUUAAUGACA